CUGAAGAGCGCGCCGCGAAGGGGACUGGCCGGUUACUUCCUCCGGUGGCGGCACGGAGCGCAGUGCGUCCCCAGCCUCGAGCGCCCGGAGCCGCCCGCCCGCGUCCGGUCAGCGUCCCGGCCCCCGGCCCCGGUGCCCGCGGCUCGGACCCCCGCCCCGUCGCCCUCGCCCGCGUCCGACGCGCACCGCGGAGCCCGGCCCCGAGCCGCCGCCGGCCCUGCCCGAAGCGGCGCGAUGAAUGAUUUUGGAGUCAAGAACAUGGACCAGGUAGCCCCUGUGUCUAACAGUUACAGAGGGACACUCAAGCGCCAGCCAGCUUUGGACACCUUCGAUGGGUCCCUGUUUGCUGUUUUCCCCUCUCUAAAUGAAGAGCAGACACUUCAGGAAGUGCCCACAGGCUUGGAUUCAAUUUCUCAUGAUGCAUCCAGCUGUGAGUUACCUCUGUUAACGCCGUGCAGCAAGGCCGUGAUGAGUCAAGCCUUAAAAGCUACCUUCAGCGGCUUCAAGAAGGAGCAGCACCGUCUUGGCAUCCCAAAGAACCCCUGGCUGUGGACCGAGCAGCAAGUAUGCCAGUGGCUCCUCUGGGCCACCAGCGAGUUCAGCCUGGUCAACGUCAAUCUCCAGAGGUUCGGCAUGAAUGGCCACGUGUUAUGCAACCUGGGCAAGGAGCGUUUUCUGGAGCUGGCACCUGACUUUGUGGGCGACAUUCUCUGGGAGCAUCUGGAGCAGAUGAUCAAAGAAAACCAAGAAAAGACAGAAGAUCAGUAUGAAGAAAAUUCACACCUCAACUCAGUUCCUCAUUGGAUUAAUAGCAAUUCACUAGGCUUUGGCGUGGAGCAGGCAGCGUAUGGCGUGCAGACACAGAAUUACCCCAAAGGCGGCCUCCUGGACGUGUGUCCAUCAUCCUCAGCACCCAGCGUGCUCGGUUCUGAGCAGGACUUUCAGAUGCUCCCCAAGUCUCGACUCAACACCGUCAGCGUCAAUUACUGCCCCGUCAGUCAGGACUUCCCAGGCGGCAGCUUGAACCUUCUCGCUGGCGGUUCUGGAAAGCCCCGGGACCGUGACUCCCCCGAGAACGGCACGGACAGCUUCGAGAGCUCAGACUCGCUGCUGCAGUCCUGGAACAGCCAGUCGUCGCUGCUGGACGUGCAGCGAGUGCCUUCCUUCGAGAGCUUCGAGGACGACUGCAGCCAGUCCCUGUGCCUCAACAAGCCGACCAUGUCCUUCAAGGACUACAUCCAGGAGCGGAGAGACCCGGUGGAGCAGGGCAAACCAGUCAUACCUGCGGCGGUGCUGGCCGGCUUCACAGGAAGCGGACCUAUUCAGCUGUGGCAGUUCCUCCUGGAAUUACUCUCGGACAAGUCCUGCCAGCCGUUCAUCAGCUGGACCGGGGACGGAUGGGAGUUCAAGCUCGCUGACCCGGAUGAGGUGGCCCGCCGGUGGGGGAAGAGGAAAAACAAGCCCAAGAUGAACUACGAGAAGCUGAGCCGCGGUUUGCGCUACUAUUACGACAAGAACAUCAUCCACAAGACGUCGGGCAAGCGCUACGUGUACCGCUUCGUGUGCGACCUGCAGCACCUGCUGGGGUUCACCCCCGAGGAACUGCACGCCAUCCUGGGCGUCCAGCCCGACACGGAGGACUGAGGCCCGCGGGGCCCCGACCGGAGCCGGCCCCGCCCGCGUGGGCCCCCCCGACCCCCCACCCCGAGGACCCUGACAGGCGGCGUUGAUCGCGUCCCGGAGAGUCGCCGCGGAGCAGUGGCCUUGUUCCCUCCGAAACCGCGGGUUUUCCGCCACCGGGAAGCACGGUUUCUCGCUCGGAGAGCCUGCCGACUUGGAACACGCUGCUGAUGACGCUCUUAGCGUUAGAACGGCCGACAAAGAAGCACUGGGAAGCCGCCCUGGCCGCCCCCCACCCCCGAGCAGGCUGUGUGACCGGAACGCCCUGGCUCUCGGAGAGUCUCAAAGGAGCGAGCCUGUCUGGGGCACGCGCAUUUUGGGUUUUUUUGUUUUUGUUUGUUUGUUUCUCGUAAGUUUCUUUCCGCCUCUGGCGGCCGGGAAUCACAAAGGCAGGGGUGUUCUGUUCGGUUCAGAGAGGCGGAGGGGCGGUGCAGGGAGACUGUGGUGCCGUUUCAGGAGUCAGGUUUGUGUAUAUAUGACUGUAAUCUCCUCAUUGCUGUCUGAAUCCUCUAAUGGUCCUAUUUAACAAAAACUGUACAUUGUAAUUUAAAAUAAUUCCGUAAGCGUACGUGGAGCGGGAAUGCAGAGCCCGUGCGGCAUUCUGCAAACGUCGCGUCUGCCCGGCCAGACGCAGAAGUUGUAAAGCCGUGUGUUAUUUACAUUCAAUAUGCCUACAGGUGUAAGUUCUGAGAGGGUCAGUCCCUUGUUUUUGUUUUGUUUUGCCCGGAUUAUCAUCCGGCAAGGACUUUGUACAUUUGGGAAUUUUUAUAAAAACACUUAAUGUUAUUAUCUGGAGGCACAUGUAGCCUCCGCUUUCUCCUUAAUUGUAACGUAAAAGCUAUAGAGCAGUAUUUUUCUUGACGAAUGGCAUAUGUUUUCCAUUUCUGUGCAUGCCUUUAAACCAGUUGAUACGCAAACCUUCUUUUAUUUUUUAGUUCGACCGUGUUUCCCCGACGACUAACGUCCCCUGACCAGCCAUUCCCUUCCCAUGGUCCACCUCCGCGCCCCAAAUUAUU